AUGGGUGAUGAUUCCAAAGUCAUGACGGGUGCCAGUGCGUCUACAACAAAGGAGGAACGUCCCUUGCGUGAUUACUCUACCCCGAUUACUUCUGACAAAUUGGAUGGCUCUAAUUAUGCCUCUUGGUCUCGUGGUGCGCGUAUUACAAUUACUAGUCGUCGUAUGGAAAGUUGGAUCAAUGGGAAGAAGCCUGCUCCGUCUAAAUAUUCUUCCACUGCCUAUGCCGAAUGGGAAGAAGAUAAUUGUCUGGUGCAGUCAUGGCUUCUCAAUUCCAUGACUAAGCCAGUUCGUGCUUUGUUUGAACAUGGUGCUACUGCUUUUGAUAUAUGGGAAGCCACUCGGAAGACUACUGUGACUCAGAAUAGUUCUCGUAUGUUUCAACUCCGCCGACAGUCCAUCCUUACGUGUCAUAAUGGUGAAUCUGAGAUUGAUUGUCUGCGUCCACAUGAAUAUAGCUGUACCGAUGAUGGGGCUCGCCGUUUGAAAGAACUUGAAGCCGAUCGAGUUUAUGAUUUUCUUGGAGGACUUGAUCCACCAUAUGAUGGUGUCCGUAGCCGUAUCCUUGCUCUUAGUCUUGUCCCGCCCCCUCUUGAGGCCUAUGCCAUGGUCAUGGAGGAAGACACCCGUCAGUCCGCUAUGCUUGGAGGAGGUUCUAUGGCCCUCAAAGUCGACCAGCACGUCAACGAUCGGUCGCACAGCACGACGCGACCGGUCGCCCCUCAUCCAGAAAAUUUUCUACUUUUGCUGGGUCGCAUCCUGCUGGCUCUACCCCUAGCUCUCUUAAUGUGCUUUAAGGAGCAUGGUUAUCCCGAUUGGUUUGCUAACUACAAAGCUCGUAUGUACGGUCCCAAGGCCGCCUGCACUAUGACUCAAGAUGAGACCCGUCCUCCGGCCCCGUCUGCAAAUCUGUGUGCUUCCGAUACCAUGCAAGGUAUGGGUUCUAAUACUUGGAUAAUUGACACUGGUGCUUCUGAUCAUAUGACUUAUGAUACCAAUAUGUUUGAUGAGUUGUCUUGUAACCCUCGUGACCCCUAUAUUACUAGUGCUAAUGGUUUACCUUCCCCAGUUACCGGUGAAGGUACCAUCCACCUCACUCCUUCGCCAGAAGAAUGUAACAGUGAUAUUGGCUGUGAAGAUGAGAUUGAUAUAAGGCCCCCAUCUGCCCUGCCAUUGUCCCAAUCAACUCGUGAUGAUGAUGAGGUACUCUCUAAUGAUGUAUCUAUUUAUCCCUUACCCCCACACACUACUCGUGGUAAACCUAAAGUGCAAUAUUCCCCUGAUAUACAUGCCAAAUCUAAAUAUCUCAUUAAUCAUUACGUGUCAACUCAUCGGCUGUCUAAGUCAUAUGCAUCAUAUUUGUGUCAAUUAUCUAGUGUAUGUGUGCCAACUAAGUUGCAGGAUGCUCUAUCAAAUCCAAAAUUGGUAGAUGCAAUGCAUGUUGAGAUAGAAGCCUUAAAUAAGAAUGCCACUUGGGAGCUAGUCCCUUUACCAAAAGUUAAAAAGACAGUUGGGUGCAGAUGGGUGUUUACUCUGAAGCACAAGGCUGAUGGUUCCAUUGACCGUUACAAGGCAAGGUUGGUAGCGAAAGGUUAUACUCAGACCUAUGGAGUGGAUUACACGGAGACCUUUGCUCCAGUAGCAAAGCUCAAUACUGUACGCGUACUUUUGUCCUUGGCUGCUAAUCAUGAUUGGCCUCUGUUACAAUUUGAUGCCAAAAAUGCAUUCCUUCAUGGUGACCUCAAGGAAGAAAUAUACAUGGACCCUCCGCCAGGUAUCCCUGUAACCUCUAAGAAGGGUAUGGUGUGCAAACUACAGAAAUCCUUAUAUGGAUUAAAGCAGUCUCCAAGAGCUUGGUUUGGGAGGUUUGCUGCAUUUAUGAGGAAGUCUGGGUAUGUACAAAGUAAUUCGGAUCAUACUUUGUUUCUAAAGCGUCGAAAAGGUAAAUUGACAGCUUUAAUAAUUUAUGUUGAUGAUAUGAUUGUAACUGGAGAUGAUCAGACAGAAAUACAGAGUCUCCAGAAAUAUCUGGCAUCUGAAUUUGAGAUGAAAUCAUUAGGUGACUUAAAGUACUUUCUCGGGAUUGAAGUGGCCAGAUCUAAGCAUGGUAUUUUCUUGUCCCAAAGGAAGUAUGUUUUGGAUUUACUUACAGAAACUGGAAUGUUGGAUUGUAAACCAAUUGAUACUCCUAGUGAACAGAAUCACAAGUUGGGGUUAUAUCCUGAUCAAGUUCCUAUUGAUAAGGAGCGCUAUCAACGGCUUGUGGGGAAAUUAAUUUAUUUAGCUCAUACACGUCCUGACAAUGCGUAUGCAGUAAGUGUGGUGAGUCAGUUUAUGCACGCACCUAGUGAAGAUCAUAUGGCAGCUGUGACGCGUAUUUUGAGAUAUCUCAAAGUAACUCCUAGCAAAGGGUUAAUGUUUUCCAAGUAUGGUCAUACAUAUGUGGAAGGAUACACCAAUGCUGAUUGGGCAGGUUCGGCUACUGAUAGACGUUCUACGUCUGGGUAUUUUACGUUUGUUGGUGGUAAUCUUGUUACUUGGAGAAGCAAGAAACAAAAGGUGGUGUCUCGAUCUAGUGCUGAGGCCGAGUAUCGUGGAAUGGCCCAUGGUGUAUGUGAGUUACUGUGGUUGAGGAGAUUAUUGAGAGAUCUUGGCUUUGGGCCUAAGAAACCUAUGGAUUUAUAUUGCGAUAAUAAGGCUGCGAUUGCAAUUGCUCAUAACCCUGUACAACAUGAUCGUACAAAGCAUGUGGAGGUUGAUCGAAAUUUCAUUAAAGAAAAGUUGGAUGCGGAGAUUGUUUCCUUCCCAUUCAUCAGUUCUGAGUAUCAGUUAGCAGAUGUCCUUACGAAGGCUGUUUCUACUAGUAUCUUCCACAACUCGCUUGACAAGUUGGGCAUGCGUGACGUCUUUGCUCCAACUUGA